AUGGAUCAAUUUAGUCAAUCCGGUAGCUUUCAAAACCUCUUAAACAAUCAACACCCAAACACCUCUUUCUCCUUUCUGACUCGUGAACCUAGUGUAGACUUGUCUUCCUCGGAUGCCUCUGUAUUCGGAGCACACUGGGCUGAUGAUGGAAAAGAAGAUGAAGUUGUGGUGUCUGACCGUAAAGAAAGGAGGAAGUGGACACCAACUGAAGAUACCGUUCUCAUAGGAGCUUGGUUAAACACAUCCAAAGACCCUGUCGUGGGCAAUGAGCAGAAGACAAUUGCGUUUUGGAAACGGAUUGCCUUCUAUGUUGCUUCAAGCCCAAAGCUCUCUGAUUUGCAAAAGAGAGAGCCAUCCCACUGUAAACAAAGGUGGGGGAAGAUCAACGAGGGUGUUUGUAAAUUUGUUGGGUGCUAUGGAGCUGCAACUAAAGCUAAAUCGAGUGGGAUGAAUGAGGAUGAUGUCUUGAAGAUGGCUCAUGAGAUCUUCUUUAUAAACUUGUGA